GGAAGGGAAGUGAGAGCGUAACUGGUUCGUGGCCCAGCUUGAAGAAAGGGCGUGAAGAGUCCGAGGAGCCAUUGGUUGAGUUCAGUGCACGUGCUGGGCAAUCACUAGGUUUGAUUCCCCAGUGUCACCAAGGGGAAAAAUAGGGCACUCGUGAAAGCAGAGACUGCCUGGGUGGUUUUCUGAGACAUGGAUCGUGGGUCAGGAGCAGGUAGACUGACUCUUGUCCCUGUACUGCCCUUCAGCUCUUUCCUCUUCCAAAGUCCCUUCCUCUCCUGACAAAGACAGGCUGCUGCGGGACAAGAUGCUGGCUGCUGCGCUUCUGAAGGCCACGUCCCAGGAGUUGGUGACAUUUGAGGAUGUAGCUGUGUACUUCAUCUGGAAAGAGUGGAAGCGCUUGGCGCCUGCGCAGAGGGACCUGUACAGGGACGUGAUGCUGGAGAACUACGGCCAUGUGUUUUCGCUGGAUGGUGAAUCCAAAACUGGAAGUGAUCACGUAAUCUCCGAAGGUAUGGGGUUAUGUGAUAUGAUAUUGGGACGAUUCCAAAGGGAUGUUUCUCAGGGUCUUAAGUUUGAAGACGCUUAUGAACAAGAAGUCAGUCUGAAGAGGCAGCUAGGGAACUCCUCUGUUGGAAGACUGAACAGGAAAAUACAGGAGUUUCACCAAGCGACAGUUGAGGGAAAGCUCACCCGUACGGCAGAAAGGAAAGAGCAGUACGGCGAGUUCGGGGACGGCUUCCCCGCGAAUUCCAGACUCACCCCGCAUCCGAGACUCCCCGUGGGCGGCCGACCCCACAAGUGUGACGAGUGCAGCAAGAGUUUCACUCGAACUUCAGACCUUAUUCAGCACCAGAGAAUCCACACCGGGGAGAGGCCGUACGAGUGCAGCGAGUGCGGGAAGGCCUUCAGCCAGAGCGCGCAUCUCAUUCAGCACCAGCGCAUCCACACGGGGGAGAGGCCGUACGAGUGUAAGGACUGCGGGAAGACCUUCAGUUGCAGCUCCGCACUCCUCCUCCACCAGCGCAUCCACACCGGGGAGAAGCCGUACGAGUGUGCGGAGUGUGGGAAAACAUUCAGCUGGAGCUCCACCCUCACGCACCACCAGCGCAUCCACACUGGCGAGAAGCCCUACGCUUGCAACGAGUGUGGGAAAGCCUUCAGUCGGAGCUCCACCCUCAUCCAUCACCAGAGAAUCCACACUGGAGAAAAGCCCUACGAGUGCAGCGAGUGCGGGAAGGCCUUCAGCCAGAGCUCGCACCUCUAUCAGCACCAGCGCAUCCACACUGGGGAGAAGCCCUACGAAUGUAUGGAGUGCGGAGGUAAGUUUACCUACAGCUCAGGCCUUAUCCAGCACCAGCGGAUCCACACCGGGGAGAACCCCUACGAGUGUCGCGAGUGCGGGAAAGCCUUCAGGUACAGCUCCGCUCUUGUCCGCCAUCAGAGGACUCACACUGGAGAGAAGCCUUUGAAUGUCGUGGGCGUGAGCAAAAAUUCUCUCAGCGUUUCUGCAGAAUUGCACAUCAGAGAAUCCACCUGAGAGAGCCAUACGCCGUUUUCCUCACGUCCUGAGUCUGAGGAGCUCUUGCUUUACUUUUUUAAUAGGACCGAUUUAGCACACGUCCCGCCUCAAACCACUCACUCAGCGAGCGGGCGGACUGGGAAAACCAUGCUGGCACAGUGAUGCGCAGGAUUUCCCAGGAAUGGAUGCCAGUCUUGAAAAAUCGUGAGGCAAGCAGCAAAGUAAGCACUGGGAACAGAAGGAAGCUUGGGGACCAGGCACCCCUUUUUGGGAAGGGGUUUGCACUAAACCAAUUUUCUCACACCAGAAGAGCCUUUCUUUCCAAAGUGGGGAUGGAAGCGUGUUAGCAACAAAAUUCCACGGAUUCCACUAGUUGGAGUCAGUCUGCUGAGCACAGAUGGCAGAGGGAAAAAUGUUUUGUGUCAUCAUGAGUUCUGGGAAGAGAAACAGAGGCUGCAUUUCUUUUUUGUUUUUUGAGGCAGAGUCUCACUAUGUAGCCC